AUGACAUCGCUAGAGAAAACCGAAAAAACAGUGGUGGAGGUCAACCUCGAGACCGUUAGUGUGUCUGAGUUUACUCCAGUUGGGGAGCCAUCCAUUAUCAGUAGACUAUUCUACGCCCAGAGAUCGAUGGAGAAGCAGUACGAGGAGGUCAGACACCAACGCGGUUUGCACUGGUGGAACGACUGGAUGUACAAGCUGCUAAGAAUCAACAGUCUGGAGCCAAAGUCCGACGACUAUCCGACGUGGAACAACGACUCCUUAUCUCUUCGCACGUCGCACUGGUUUGUGUGUGCUGGAAUUCUCACCUCGGAAAUUAUGGGGGCUUCGCUGGUUCCGAACUCCAUUGCGCUCGUUGGUUACGUGACUGGCAACAUCAUUCUGAUCGUGUGCUUCUUCCUGACCAUUCUAGCAGGUGGUGUCACAUGGUGGCUGUUCUUGCUGCUCGACUCGCCAGAGUAUCCAAUCAAGUCGCUGGCCGACAUUGCGUAUGUUUUGGGAGGUAAGACUUGGCGGCAUAUUGUUAUCUUUCUGCAACUAAUCGCCAUGAUUCUGACGGCAGCCAACUGCGGUAUCGGUGCGCUCGAGUCCGCUGUUAUUUUGCAAGAUAAGAGAUACUGCUGGUCGGGUCUUUUGAUUCUCUUUUGCGGAGUGGCUUGCGUCGUCUGCCAUAUCAGGUCGCUGAGCAACCUGGGUAAGUUUUGUUUGACUGUCUCGGUCAUCAACUACAUUUGCCUUGCUGUGCAACUGGGAUUCUACGGUGAGCCAAACUGGCAGAACGCUAAAAACUUGCUGGGUCUGGAUCCCGCCCCGGUGGUGGCCUCCAACUUUGUCACGCAAACGUUGGUGUACAAGCUGGUUGCUAUCUCCAACAUCUCGUACGUCUUUGCGGGAUCGGUGGUGUUCCCAGAAAUCUUGUCUGAGAUGCGCAGACCCUGGGAUUUCUGGAAAACCAUGCUUGCUUCUCAAAUGGCUAUUCUGGGCUGCUACCUGAUUUACGGUAACUAUGUCUACUCCCAGCAGGGACAAUUUGCCAACUCCCCAGCCGUGUUUGGCAUCGCCAACGUCAAGGCAAUGAAGGGUCUUGCUUUCAUUGGUGUUUUUGUUGGUGGAAUCCAAGCCGUUCUGUACGGCCACAUCUCUGCCAAGAUCGCUUACAAAAAUUAUCUUGACGAGAUAAUUAAAAACUUGGCCUUCCACUCCAAAAAGGGCCAGUUCCUCUGGAGCACCAGCGUUGUGACUGUUUGGAUCGUGAUUUUUGUGCUUGCAACGGGAGUGCCUAACGUGCCGUCCAUUUCGUCGUUCACGUCUGCUUUGACGAUGAUCCCGUUGACCUACGUUAUUCCGUACUGGUUCAACAUCUGGGGCUACUUCAUCAAGCAGAACGCCGAGAUGAUCGAGAGUUUCGACCCCACUACAGGUGUGGUGGUUGGCUACAACAAGCCAAUGUCCAAAUUCAUGGCUGCCGGAUUCAAGAACAAUGUUCUUCUCACCUUGUUCUACGUGUGCCUGAGUCUUGCCUCUCUGGCUUUCGCCGGUAUGGGCUUAUACGGAUCCGUCGAGUACAUGAAGGACAUCUUUGCCAAUACCCCGGCAACUUCGUUCUCUUGCACGUCUCCGAUCUGA